CCAGCGUCUCCGUGACAGGCACCCCGCUCCGCCGCCGCCGCCGCCGCCGCCUUUUCUUCCUCGUCCCGGGCAGCCGCCGCGCCGGGUCCCGCCUCGGGCCGCGCGCCCACCGCUCCCCUCCCCCGGCCCGGCGCCGCCCGCUCCCGCCGCCGCCGUCCUCCUCGCCCGCAGGAGUCGCGCGGCCACAGCGCCGCCCGCAGCCGCGCAGCCCGCUGCCGUCCGGCCCUCGGCGCCGCUCGGGUCCCGGCUCCCGCGGCCGCCGCGCGCGCCUCCCGCCCCUCCCCUCCCCUCCUCACCCCUCCCGGGUCUGGCCAGUCCCUUCCCGCCGCCGCCUCUGGAGGAGCCGGUCCCCCGCGGGUCACCACCAUGCCCAGCAAAACCAAGUACAACCUUGUGGACGAUGGGCACGACCUGCGGAUCCCCUUGCACAACGAGGACGCCUUCCAGCACGGCAUCUGCUUCGAGGCCAAGCUGUGCUACACUCUCCAGUGAAAAGAUGCUCGAGUUCAGAGAGGAAGUGGCCUUCCGAAGAUGACGUGGCUCUUCCCUGGUGUCUCGCUUCAGUGCUGGUGCUGCUCCUGUCUGGGCUGCAUCUCCGAAGGGGGCUGUCGGCUUGGCAGUACGUCGGAAGCCUGGAUGUGCCGAGGCCCAACAGCAGAGUGGAGAUCGUGGCUGCCAUGCGCCGGAUCCGGUAUGAGUUUAAAGCCAAGAACAUCAAGAAGAAGAAGGUGAGCAUUAUGGUUUCAGUGGAUGGAGUGAAAGUGAUUCUGAAGAAGAAGAAGAAGCUUCUUUUAUUGCAGAAAAAGGAGUGGACGUGGGAUGAGAGCAAGAUGCUGGUGAUGCAGGACCCUAUCUACAGGAUCUUCUACGUCUCUCAUGAUUCCCAGGACCUGAAGAUCUUCAGCUAUAUCGCUCGAGAUGGUGCCAGCAAUACUUUCAGGUGUAAUGUCUUUAAAUCCAAGAAGAAGAGCCAAGCUAUGCGAAUCGUGCGGACGGUCGGGCAGGCCUUCGAGGUCUGCCAUAAGCUGAGCCUCCAGCACACGCAGCAGAACGCAGACGGGCAGGAGGAUGGAGAGAGCGAGAAGAACAGCAGCUGCUCGGGGGACCCAGGCCGCCAGCUCCCUGGAGCCGAGAGGGCCUCCACGGCCACCGCGGAGGAGACGGACAUCGAUGCAGCGGAGGUCCCGCUCGCGGGGAAUGAUGUCUUGGAAUUCAGCCGAGGUGUGACAGACCUUGAUGCUGUCAGGAAGGAAGGAGGCUCCCACCCGGACCCCAAGGUUUCUCCCCACCCCCAGGAACCUGUGCUGGCGGCCUCGCCCAGGAUGCUCCUCCCCUCUUGCUCCUCGAAGCCCCCAGGCUGGGGCCCAGGGACGCCGCUGUCCAGCCAGCACCAGAUGCAGCUUCUGCAGCAGCUCCUCCAGCAGCAGCAGACGCAGACGCAAGUGGCUGUGGCCCAGGUUCACCUGCUGAAGGACCAGCUGGCUGCUGAAGCGGCCGCGCGGCUGGAGGCUCAGGCCCGCGUGCACCAGCUCCUGCUGCAGAACAAGGACAUGCUCCAGCAUGUGUCUCUGCUGGUCAGGCAGGUGCAGGAGCUGGAGCUGAAGCUGUCAGGACAGAAUGCUAUGGGCUCCCAGGACAGCUUGCUGGAGAUCACCUUCCGCUCCGGAGGUCUGCCCGUGCUCUGCGACCCCACCACCCCGCAGCCGGAGGACCUGCCCUCGCCGCCCCCGGGUGCGGGCCCGGCCGAGCUGGCCCACCCCGCCGGCAGCCCCCUAGUGGACCACGGCGUGUUUGAGAACUUGAACACGGCCCACGCUCCGAAGCUGCAGCCCAGCUGCUCCUUCCCCCACUUGUCCAGGCUGGCGACCCCCAGCUCUGCCGCCCUGGGGCCGGUGGAGCCCGACGGGCCGGGACUCUGGGUGGGCAGCAGCCAGCACCUCAAGAACCUGGGCAGAGCCGUGGGGGCCAAAGUCAAUGACUUCCUGCGGAGGAAAGAGCCCUCGAGCCUGGACGGUGCGGGCGCCAUGGAGAUCAACAGGACCGCGGGGGCCCGGCUGGCCGGCGGGGUCGCCGGCGAGGAGGAGAGGUCAGCCCCGCAAGAAGCAUUCCCUCGACUCGAGCCCCCGCCCCCCAUCACCAGGAAGCGAACCCCUCGGGCCCUGAAGACCACGCAGGACAUGCUGAUUUCAUCACAGCCCGUCCUAAGCAGCCUGGAGCAUGGGACAGAGCUGUGUCCCCAGGACACCCUUCCGCCUGCCCAGCCGGAGCCCCCCGUGGAAAUGGCGGAUAGGGGCGAGGCUCUGCCCAAUGGAGAAGUUUCCCCGUCUGUGCCUGACCUGAUUCACCAGGACGGCCAGGACGAGCCCAAGCUGAAGAUGACUGAGUGCCGAAGGGCCUCGUCCCCUGGCCUCCUCGAGAGGAACGGCCUCGGACUCAGCCCCAUCCACCUGGCCCCGCCACUGGGGGCCAGCAGCGCCCCUCCUCGGGCACGGACCUCCAGCCUUGACAAUGACGGCCGGCACCCAGACCUGCUCUCCUUUGAGUAGGGCCUCUCCUCCCUGCCAAGCACCCCCCUUCCCCUCGGCCGUCUCCUUCCCUGGUACCUCUUGCCCCCCAGCUCUGCGUGCCCUUUGCCCCCUUGUGCAGAGAUCAGCAGAGAGCCAGUCCCCCCGUGUGGGCUGUGCAGGGCCGAGAGUCCCUCAGUCAUCCUCGUUAAAGGCUCGUGUUCCAUAAGCUCCUCUGGGUGCCGGCCGCAGCCCCGGGGUGUUGGGAGCCCCUCUACUCCCAAGCUGCCCUGACUUCCCACUGGACCCCAGGGCCACCAGCCCGGGAUGAAGGCUCCUGCCGGCCUCCCACACGGCCUCCCACACGCUGCCUGUGCCCCCGCCCCUCUCCCUCCGUUCCCUGGUUCGUUUCUCCUGUCUCGGGGGCGGGGCGGGGGGCGGUGGCAAUCAGGCUGGUGGGGAAUGAUGGGUUUGGCGGAUGAUGGGCUCAGACCUGGAAAGCUGCAUUCCCUGAGUGCCGCCCAGCCACUGUUCUCCCGGUCCCAAGACCGCGGAGGCCCCAGGUGGUUGCCUUGCCUCUGCCCUCUGGGUGUGGGCCAGAGGGGACACCAGGCCUGAGACCCGGAGGCAGCCAGGUCGCCGGGGGCUCUCGGGGUGUUUCCUGCCUGGCCAGUUGGGGAAUGUGCCAAGCUCCCUGGGACAGGGCACAGAGCCAGCCACUGCGGGGGCACUGGGGGAAAGGGGUACGACCCGCCACGCGUGGGCUCCCUGCGCAGAAGGGGAGGCCGGGCCGCCCCUGCUGUGUGAAGACGGGGCUGGGCAGGCCCCAGCAGAAGCAGCACAGCAGAUCAUCAUCUCGCUUGCGGGCAGGGCCCAUGACUCGGUGUCCAGGCGGCUGGCCUUGAGAACCUGGAGCCGAAGUCGUGGAGAAGACAGGAUGAGGACAGCGCAGCCACCGGGGCGGGGGGGGCAGAGCGGCUUUUCAGGGACCAGCCCACGGCCUGAAAUGAGGCAGGUGUGGGGUCCGGGUGUGGUAAGUGCCAGAGCCGGGGUGACGGACGUGAGACUGGGAUGUGGCAGGAGCCGAGGGGCAAACUACCUCUCACCAGGCAGGAGGGGCUUUGCUCUUGUGCUGGAAUGGCCUGUGUCUCCCGCGAGGGCCCUCUGCCCUGCCUUUCCCCUGCCCGGAUGCUGCAUGGUCCUCUCUGCGUCCCGGCCUUCGGGAUCCAUGUCGGGACCGACCCAGUUCAUCCAACCCUAACUGGUUCCGACCCUCCUGGGUUAACGCACUUUUAUGUUCCUCUCUCCCACCAGGGCUCCUGUCAUGCUGUCUUUCUGUGGCCAGGAGACCCUGUCGGGGGGUGAUCCCAACCCUGGGGGCCUUUGCAGCAAGAAGAGAACCUCCCUUUUGUUGAACAGGGUGGCCGGCUCCCCAGGAGAAGGCUGGCAUGGCACAUCCAGCCGUGGCAGGCCGGUGGGCAGUCUUCCUCCUGGGACUCCUGCGGCGUCCCCUUUUCUGUCCACUCAGCUCCCCGUGCCCCCCAAUACUGCUCACUUCCCACUUCAUCCUGUCACCCAGUUCCUGCUCCCCUCCCCCACCCCAACCUCUGCCGCAUGAAACAUCCAAGCAAACUCCUCUGGACCCGGAGCCUGGUCGGGGGUUGGCUCGCCAGGGUGCCGGCUGCCCUUCCUGCAUUCUUGCUUCUGCAGCCUUCCCGCCCCAUCUCGCGCCCCAUCUCCCAUUGCUCCGGAAGGCCAGGCUGCACCGCGUGCUCCCAGCAAAGCCUCGGCUCCCUUCCCCGAGGGGCUGCGCAGGCCGGGCACCCUGCCGGCCGUGGUGCAGUGGGCAGGGCAGCUACUGAAGGUCUAGAUCCUGCUGCCUUCCUCCAAGGACAUCACAACGAUAUGAUCUCUAAUCAUAUCAGAAGUUCUCAGGACUAGCAUUUGGAAGCCUGUGAGUUCUCCCAGAACGGCUUGGAGUUCUGCACCCAACACAGCGCUGGGGAUGGGGGCAGAAAACCUAAAGAUGUGUGCUGGGAACUUCCACGCCAGAAGCUCGGUUUGCUUCUCUGGCGGGAAACCUAGCAGAGCCUUGCCCCCCUGGGGCUCCUGCCUCAGAGAUCAGGGUGGCCCUGGCCAGGUGACGUGGAAGCCGGUCAUGCAGAGAGCUGGCGCGCCCAGGGUUGGCUUAAGCACCCUGCUCUCCAUGCCAUACCCAGCCGCUGCUGAGGUCCUGGUCCUCAGACUCGGAGGUUAGCCCAAGGAUCCCAGGUCAUCCCAGGCCCAUCGCCAGGAUGACGCUGGAGUUCCUCAGACUAGUGUCUGAUGCUGAACGAGGGCCCGCAUGGGACCCUGCUCCAAUCUUUGGCCUCUCUAUGAUCUCCACCCUGGCCGUUGUCCUCCCUCGUUUGGGGGGAUGCUGCCACCUGGGGGAGGGGGGCUCGAGCCUGAGGUCCAGUCCUAGAUGCAGCAGAUACCGCCUGGUGCUAGGGGCUGAGUGCUGCCCCCAGGCAGCAGCGAUGACAACAUCUAGUCCCUCCGAGGGCCUGGGCUCUGCCCGGCUUCCUGUCUCUCAGCAGCCUGACCUCCCUGUGAAAACAGCCUGGCAGCCACUGCCCCCACCCCAACACCUCCUAGUCCAGCUUCUCUGGGAGCUUGGCCCUGGGUGGCCUGGUCGACACAAGGGCAGGAUAAUGAGGAGCAAAGGACCCAGUUUCUGGGUCUGCAUAAGGAAGCUGGGGGCACAGAGUCUCUUCCCUCCCUGUUAGCCCCACAACCCCACUGUAUCCCCCUAGUCAGCACGUAUCCUUCCCCUGAUAAAUCACAGGUGAGCUUCCAGAGCCUGGCAGGAGGGUGGUGCGUUCCCCUGCACAGAGCAAAACUUAUCUGUGUGAUGUACGUGGACGGUAUGAAGACAAACAUGCUUAUGGUCCAUCGGCUUUGAAAGAACAAAGAGUUUGGUCCCAGUCUGGGAGAGGAAGAUUACAGACCUAUUCUGAGUAUGAGUAUUUUCUAGAGAUUUUAUAUUUAUAUUUUUAGUAGUGUUCUGGUAGAAGGAAACUGCAGAAUAAAACAAUCUGGUUUGGU